CACAGCCAAGCUUUUGUAGUUCCUAGCUUCUCUCUUUGCCGUGUCUACUAUAAAAUUCUCCGUUUUGAGAUUUGCAAAUGCAUAGAGUGAUACAGAUAUCAUUGUCACUCCCCAUCCCCAUUCAUGAUUCAUGGCAGAUCCCAACUAUUUUAAAUGGAUUCCGACCCAACUCCCGCCUGGUUUUCGAUUCCAUUUCCAUCCCACCGAAGAACAGCUCUUAUGCUACUAUCUCAAUAACAAGAACAACCAGGACAUCGACAACUACCGUAACCUCUCUGUUCCCUGUACUUCCAUCACCGAUGUUUCGCUCUUGGGCUUCAGUGUGAUUCAAGAGAUUGAUUUGUAUAAGUACGACCCUUAUGAUCUCCCGGGGAUUGCGUGUUUUCCUUUCGGCAUCCGUGGAUGUAAGAAGCAUUGGUAUUGUUUUACGGAGAAGGCGAUCAGUGAGCGUGCGAAGAGGAAAACUAGAAGUGGGUUCUGGAAGAGAAGGGGACAGGCCCGGGAUAUUGUGGGUGGAAAAGAUGGGGUUUUGUUGGGGAGGAGGAGGGCUUUUGUGUUUUACAGAGGGAAUUCGCCUCGUGCAACGAAGACUGAUUGGAUCAUGUAUGAGUAUACCCCCGUUGAUCGACUAAAGGAUUCCUUCGUUCUGUGUAGAAUAUUUUUGAGAUCCCAUAGUGGAAAUAUAAUAUCUGAGCAUAUCCAAAGUUGUUAUGCUGAAAAAAAUGUUCCCCAAAUGCAUGAUGCUGGCAUAAGUGUUCCUUUUACACAAAAUGAUGCAGAUUUAGUAUCUGGCGUUUGUGAAGUACCAUUGCAUGAAGACAGACAUAUUGAUAUUCACAAUGAGAUCCAAGGGUCUCCAAUGAAUUUGAUUAGCAAGCCAGAUUGUCCGAUUGUGGCCCAACAAGUUACUGAUGGAUAUCAGUUCCCUGUGGUUGUUCCGCAACACAAUGAGCAUGAGUUGGUCAGAUCCUCCAGCAUGACCAUUAUUCCGAGUAUUGGAUUUGGUGGUGCUUUGGCAGAUGAGUUAAUCACCAGUUCCAUGUUUCUAGAUGGAGAUUUCAUAGAGUUAAAUGAUCUGAUCUGCCCUCUUUCAGGCAUUGAUUUUUUGGAAUAAAAAUAAAAGAACUAUUUCCCACGAGAUAAAUGGCGAUUCAGUUGUGACAAAUUAAAUUAUUGUUCACAAUCCCUGUUUGAAGAAGGGAAGACAAGAAGCCAAAAUCUUUUGAAAGAAAGGAUAGGUAAAGAGUAAAGGAGAAUAUUGAAUAUGUUGUUGGUGUUUGCGGUGGAAUGACUUAUCUUAUUAAGGCAUCGCUCUGAUGUAUAAGAGCAAGACCCACCAGCGGUUAUGAUGUGAAUCGAAUGCAUUGAUGCACCACUCCCAGCUUCAACUCUGCUGAAAUUAAUUUCAGUCAUUUUCUUCUAUGGUAGAGGUUGACAUGGAUACCUCUGGGGAAAUUUGAAAUUUCCUCUGAAUUUUCUCUAGAUGUUCAUUUUCUCAAGGAUGUGUGUGUAAGGGAUUGUGAGGCAAUACCUGUUCGUGAGGGCAAUCCUGGAUACCUUUGGCCUGCUAUAUUUCCAUUUGUGAAUAUUGCUGUUUUGUAGUUUUCAUGGAUUGUGAGGCAUGUCAUGCUGAUGGAUAAUGUUUAUACGGAAAGCUAGACCUGACUUCCUGAACUCCGACUUUUCAGUGUUAAUAAAAAGGUGAACUACAGACUAUAGUGCUUUCAUCUGCUUAAGUUGAGCCCAGUCCAAAAGAGGCCCUUAAUGCUUUUGUUGGACAGCUAUUUUUAAUUACAGAUGAUGCCUGUAGCGCUAUUUUGUUAA